UAUAUAUAUUUGGGGGAAAAGCUUUGAGGUUGAGAUCUCUAUUGAAGAUUAGUUUUUGCAAAGAUGGAGAAGAAGCAACAACCUCAUGUGGUUAUGGUUCCUUUACCACUUCAAGGUCAUGUCAAACCCUUGUUAUGCCUUGCACAACUUCUUAGUGAAGCUGGUCUCUAUGUCUCUUUCGUCAACACCACACAAAGCCAUAAACGAUUUACAAACCUCGAAACCAUCACUACACAUUUCCCAAAUAUUCACUUUGAAUGCAUUUCCGAUGGACUUCCUGAAGACCAUCCACGAGCCCUUUUGACUGAAUACUUUGAGGGGAUGAAGAGAGAAACCACACCACAUUUCAAAGAGCUCCUUCUUUCCCUUGGAAGAAAAUCCUUGACUGGUUCUUCACCACCGGUUACUUGUAUUAUUGCAGAUGGAGUUUUGCCUUUUGCUGUUGGAGUUGCAGAGGAGUUGGGUAUUCCUAUAUUUUCAUUCUGUGUUCACAGUGCUCGUUUCUUGUGGGGAUACCUUAAUAUCCCAAAGCUCAUUGAAGAAGGUCAACUUCCUUUUUCAGAUGGCAACUUGUAUCACAGUAUCAAUGGAGUUCCUGGACUGGAAGGCAUUUUCCGGCGCAAAGACUUACCGGAAUUUUGCAUUUUACCAGAUCCACACCACCCUAUUAUAAAGUUCUUUGUCGGGGAGACUAUUGCCAUGACAAAAACUUCAGGUCUUAUUCUCAACACUUUUGACGAACUGGAAGAUUCAUGCAUCCACCAUGUCUCUAGCGCUUGUAACAAUCUUUACACAGUUGGACCUCUACAUGCUCACAUAAAUUCUAAACUCGGAGAUCGAGCUCGGUCGAUAGCAUCUCGCGGUUCUCUCUACAGCGUAGAGGAGAAAUGCUUGGAAUGGCUGGAUUCACAGCAACCAAAAUCUGUUCUCUAUGUGAGUUUUGGUAGCAUAACACAAACUUCACUUUCCCAGCUAAUGGAAUUUUGGCAUGGGUUGGUCAACAGUGGUAAACCAUUUUUGUGGGUUAUAAGACCAGGGGCUAUCAUAGGUGAAGAGGGUAAUGAAGGAAUCCCAGAAGACCUUUUACCAGGUCCAACAGAAAGAGGUUACAUAGUUGAGUGGGCUCCACAAGAACAGGUCCUGGCCCACCAUGCUGUAGGUGCAUUUUUGACACAUAGUGGAUGGGGUUCUGUUUUAGAGAGUAUUGUAGCCAAAAUUCCCAUGAUUUGUUGGCCUUACAUGGGCGACCAUUAUAUUAAUACCCAAUGUGUUAACAAGGUUUGGAAAAUUGGAGUUGAGUUGGAAGCUUGGGAUAGGUCAACCGUGGAAAAAGCAAUAAUCUCAGUCAUGGAAACUAAAAAGGAUGAUUUCCAAAUAUCAAUGGAUAAAGUUGCAAAGUUGGCUGAGGAUAGCAUUAGCAAAGGUGGAUCUUCAAGCCAAAACUUGGACAAGCUAGUUGAAGACAUCAGGAAGAUCAAAGCAACAGCUUAGGUUUUUCUUGCAUGGUAGAAUGCUCAAUUUCUGGUGGUAAAUUUAGCUUUCUUAUGUUUUCUUUGAAUAAUAUUUGGUACUGUGAGUUUGAAAUUGAAUAAAAUUGUCGAACUUUAUUAUUAUUA